ACUAGUACGUCCUUUGAUGCUUACCGCCCGUGUCUUUCGCCCUUCUCUAUGUCUCGCUGGUUUCGAUUACCGUACUCGAGACUAUGCAUGCCUGUAACAGACCGCGCAUGCGCAUAGGUGGGCGGGAUCGCCGUCCCGCCCAUUCACAGUUCGACAAGGCGUGUCACCUCGAAACUACUCGCUCCUUAAGUUUUCACGCUAUAUACCUGAUAUUCACACAUUCGGUAUAUUGGGGGCCAGCCAUACGUGCUCCUGAUAUCCCAUCCACUACUAACAAAAUGACCACAGAUUCUAUCACAUUUAAUCACAUUCUUGGGCAGGGUCGUGUUAACCAACUCGGUGGAGUUUUCAUCAACGGUCGACCCCUUCCAAUUCACGUUCGUCAUGCUAUCAUUUCAAUGGCCAAAAAGGGUAUAAAACCAUGUCACAUCAGUCGUCAACUCAAAGUAUCUCAUGGAGCUGUUUCGAAAAUCUUGAAUCGUUACGCCGAGACGGGCUCAAUAUCUCCGGGACAGAUCGGUGGAAGUCCCCGCGCUCGACUUACAGUCCAAGCCGUCGAGAAAGAAAUUCUGAUCGCAUGUGAUGAGAAUCCACAAAUGAGCGCUGCAGAGCUCCGAGAUUGGCUUAUUCACAAAGACAUUUGCACAAAAGGAAAUGCUCCAACAGUACCUGCGAUAAAAAGGCUUAUUGGGAAUAAAGGCGUCGGGGUUCCGAAGAAAAUGGAACGAAAACGGCUGAGCUACAGUAUCGACAGCAUUCUGGGAAUUUCAAUUGACGAAUGCAGCAAAUCGUCAUCGGAUGACGAAGAGGGCUCUUCACCAUCAAACGACGCAUCGUCUCGUCGAAAUCGUACAUCAUUCACUGCCGAGCAACUAGAUGUUCUUGAAAAUGCGUUCCGCGCAGACACUUACCCACAUGCCAACGCCAGAGAGAGCAUUUCCAAGGAGACAGGGCUCAGCGAAGAGAAAAUUAUGACGUGGUUUUCGAAUCGGCGAGCAAGAUGUCGGAAAAAUAUGCCAAUGUAUCAACAGUACAAUGUUCAAGGUUUUGGAUCAUCUCCGCCGUCCUACCCAACGCUGCUGCCUUCACCGAUGAUGUUCCUACCCUCCUACUCAACGAGUCCUCAAUUGAAUCCGUUAUUCUUUCAACACAUACUCCAAUCAAGUCCCCCAUCAAGUCAAUCAUCUCCGCCAUCAUCAAGCUAAACGCUUUGAACUUAUUUCUGAACUUUCAAAUAAAACCUGUGAUAUUUGAAAGUCGAUCAGAAAUUGAUACACAAAUUUAAUUUGAAAGUCCAGAAUUAAUUUUAAAACAUUACCUUAAGAAUUCACCCAUUCUUCCCAAAACUUAUCUAAAUCUCUUUGCCUUCCCUCUCAUCAAUUUGGUUUUAAAUAUUACGGUCAUUGCACUAGUUCUUCGUGUUUUCUUCUUCUUCCCACUUGUAUGAACUUGUCUGAAAAUCUGUGAAAACCUUUUUCCCUAUUCCAGAUGACGCUAUUGUUCUUGAGCAUUUGUACAAGUUUUGUGUGCUCUCUCAAGCAUUUGAUUUCCAUCAUCUCAUUCUCUCUCAAAUUCCAUAUCUCAUGAAGUAAAAAACACAAAAAUAAAUAAAUAUUCAGUUAUUA